AUGAACCCUUCCAAUCCCACCGAGCAAGAGCUCUACACAAUGCACGCCCUAGCCGAACAAGCCAACAAUGCCCAGGCCAACCCUGUCCAAGUUCUCCAACACCUCCAGUCGAACAUGGUUGCCCUACAAGCCCAAGUCGAGACCAUGCAAAAUUCGAUUCAAGCCCAGGUCAACAACCUCACCAACAACAAUGCCCCACUGAUGUCCAUCCAGUCCGCUAUCGAGUCCAUCAGCGUCCAGUGCCGCGAAACUAUGCAAGCAAAUCACACUGUCCUGAACGGUAUGAGGUCUGUCCUGAACGGUAUGAGGUCUGUCCUGGAUGGCCUCGCCCAGCGACCCUCCGCCGCUGGUCCCUCUCGCCCCCGUGUGUCAAGAUCUGGACUGGCAGGCAAGUGGAGAAUGUAA